AUAAAUCCAGAGACCUUUCCUCCGACCACGAAAGCUAAGCUCGGCGAGAGAGAAAGAGGGAGCGUUCGAGCUUUCUCAUCUGAAGUUAGGCUCUCAGAUCCAAUCAGGAGUUCAAGAGAAGGAACCCAAGAAGCUGAGCUGAAGGAAGUUGCAAAGGUGAAUUAUAGUGAUAACCAAAAGGGAUAUCAGGAAAGAUGCCUUCACAGAAGAUCGAAACAGGUCACCAGGACACAGUCCAUGAUGUUGCCAUGGAUUACUAUGGAAAGAGAGUGGCAACAGCUUCAUCUGAUACCACCAUUAAGAUAAUCGGUGUUAGCAAUAAUGCUUCACAACACCUUGCUACUUUGAGUGGUCAUCAAGGCCCUGUUUGGCAGGUUGUUUGGGCACACCCCAAGUUUGGAUCAAUCCUUGCUUCUUGUUCCUAUGAUGGCCGAGUGAUAAUCUGGAAGGAAGGAAAUCAAAAUGAGUGGACACAAGCUCAUGUUUUCAGUGAUCAUAAAUCAUCUGUCAACUCCAUUGCUUGGGCACCUCAUGAACUUGGCCUCUGCUUGGCUUGUGGGUCCUCUGAUGGGAAUAUCUCUGUCUUCACUGCUAGGUCUGAUGGCACUUGGGACACCACAAAGAUAGAUCAAGCUCACCCUGUUGGAGUAACCUCAGUUUCAUGGGCCCCAUCAAUGGCUCCUGGUGCUCUGGUUGGAUCUGGUCUGCUGGAUCCUGUUCAGAAGCUGGUUUCUGGUGGCUGUGAUAAUACUGUGAAGGUGUGGAAGCUAUACAACGGGAAUUGGAAGAUGGACUGUUUCCCUGCUCUUCAGAUGCAUACAGAUUGGGUAAGGGAUGUGGCUUGGGCACCCAAUUUGGGGCUUCCAAAGUCCACAAUUGCAAGUGCUUCACAGGAUGGAACAGUUGUAAUAUGGACUGUGGCCAAGGAAGGUGAUCAAUGGGAGGGUAAAGUUUUGAAGGAUUUCAAGACCCCAGUUUGGAGGGUCUCAUGGUCGCUGACUGGAAACCUAUUGGCUGUGGCUGAUGGAAACAAUAAUGUGACAUUAUGGAAAGAAGCAGUUGAUGGUGAGUGGCAACAGGUUACUACAGUGGACCCAUAGAUUGUUAGCAUUUAGCCUGAUGAAGAGCUAAGUUUGUUAGCAUUCGUCAAUAUUUUAUUUUGGUAUAAUGUUGAAUACUUUUAUUGUAUUAGUCAGUGUGGUUCCCAAAUCUUAGAGGUGAAAGAAGUGAGAAUUGAUUAAAUGCUUUUUCUUUCAUUUUUCUCUUGUUCUACUAUUUCUGUUUAUUAUGAAUACCUGAAUGAUUUUGAUUUUCUCCA